UCAAUUUGUAAAGGAGUAUGCAUUUAAUCAUUCAUGUUUAAUCCUACUCCAUUCAUCUGUUAGUUAUUGUUCAUGUUUUCCUUUUAUUUUUGGGCCUUAGCAAUCAACGUUUUUAUCUGAAUAACCAUUCAUCUCCGAGACCCUAGUAUUAUUUUAACAGUUUCUUAACCGUGAGGAUUUACAUUAAACAGGAUGAAUGAACAACUUAAUUUUUUUUACUCUCUUUUACUGUUUUGGCAGAGGGAUAAAAAGGAAGAAGCUCUAAGAUUGGCGCAAUUAUCUGCAGAGAAGCCACAUUUUUCUCACUGCCUAGAGUGGCUUCUUUUUACUGUGUUUGAAGCCGACAUUUCUGGGAAAAACCCUAGCAAAAAUCAGAGUGUUAUUCCCAACCAUUCAACAAAUUCGUCACUUCUGGAUAAGACAUGUGAUUUAAUAAGAAAUUUUCCGGAGUACUUUGACGUGGUUGUUAGUGUUGCAAGAAAGACUGAUGGCCGGCAUUGGGCAGAUUUAUUUGCUGCUGCCGGGAGAUCGACUGAGCUAUUUGAGGAAUGCUUCCAAAGGAGAUGGUAUCGCACUGCCGCUUGCUAUAUACUAGUAAUUGCUAAGCUUGAGGGUCCAGCUGUAAGUCAGUAUUGUGCAUUGCGUUUGUUGCAGGCAACAUUGGAUGAGUCUUUAUAUGAACUGGCAGGGGAACUGGUGAGGUUUCUUCUCAGAUCUGGAAGGGAAUAUGAACCCACAACUACUGAUUCUGAGAAGCUAUCUCCUAGAUUCUUUGGAUAUUUUCUGUUUCCUUCUAGUUACCGGAGGCAAACUUUGGAGUCCAAAGGUUCAUUUAAGGAGCUGAGUGCACAUGUUGCUUCUGUUAAGAAUAUUUUAGAAAGCCAUGCAAGCUAUUUGAUGUCUGGAAAAGAACUGUCAAAGCUUGUCGCUUUUGUGAAGGGCACACAGUUUGACCUCGUGCGAGAAAGAUAUGGAAGUGCUCGGUUAGACAAUUUUGCUUCAGGGCUUGAACUUAUUCGGCAGAAGCUUCAGAUGGAAACACUGCAAAGUCGUUUAGAUGCAGAGUUCCUUUUGUCUCAUAUGUGCUCUGUCAAGUUCAAAGAGUGGAUUGUAGUACUGGCCACACUUUUGAGGCGGUCUGAGGUCUUGUUUGAUUUAUUUCGGCAUGAUUUGCGCUUGUGGAAAGCAUACAACAUUACUUUAAAGUCCCAUCCAUCAUUUGUCGAAUACCAUGACUUGGUUGAAAGCUUGGAUGAAAAGCUUUCAUCUGCUUCAAAUUCAGAAGAGACGUGAGCUAUCUGGAUGUAAAGAGCUUUUCAGAAAUUUAAAAGAGCUUCCAGUGAGAUCAUCUGCUUCAAGCGUUAACUUUCAGGCACCAACUUGACAUCAGCAUAAAUGUUUACCACUAUAUGGGGCUGGGAGUUGAGCGGCUCUGUGAGAGGCACGAGAUGAGAUUUUCAGUUCCUGCUCUAGUGUCCACAUCUCUGUCCUGCAGAAAAUUAUUUUGUAGAUAAGCAUAUCAUUGCUAUUAGUUCUUUGAUUACCAUCUUUUCUUGAUUCAUAGUUUGUAUCAAAUUUUAGCUUUUCCAUUGAGGGUGUGGGUGAUUGUAAUGAAACGGGGCACCUGUUGUAUGAAAGAUCUGAUCUUAUAAAUAGAGAAUAGAGAAGAUUUUGUCCA